GGUCAGCUGACUGGUGGGACGGGACACUUAUAAGACAACUUGGAAAAGUUGGGCUCACUUUCCUCUCAUCCCAAACUUGCAGGACGACUUCUGUGGAAACUUUCUCACUAACUUGACAGAAGAAUUCAACUUGGGUUUUGUUUUUCCUUCUCUGGAACUUUCCAGGCUCCUUCAGGAUGGGCGAUUGGAGCGCUCUUGGUCGUUUGCUGGAUAAAGUCCAGGCGUACUCGACUGCCGGAGGGAAAGUCUGGCUGUCUGUCCUCUUCAUCUUCAGGAUCCUGGUCCUGGGCACGGCGGUAGAAUCCGCUUGGGGAGAUGAGCAGUCUGCCUUCAAAUGCAACACCCAACAACCCGGUUGCGAGAACGUCUGCUAUGACAAAUCCUUUCCCAUCUCCCAUGUUCGAUUCUGGGUCCUCCAGAUUAUCUUUGUGUCGACCCCGACGCUGCUUUAUCUCGCUCACGUCUUCUACCUGAACAGAAAGGAGCAGAAGCUGAACAGGAAGGAGGAAGAGCUUAAAGCUGUGCAAAACGACGGAGGAGAUGUCGACCUCCCACUGAAGAAAAUUGAAAUGAAAAAGAUGAAAUAUGGCAUUGACGAGCAUGGCAAAGUCAAGAUGAAAGGGGCCCUGCUCAGAACCUAUAUUGUCAGUAUUUUCUUCAAGUCCUUGUUUGAAGUGGGCUUCCUUGUCAUCCAGUGGUACAUCUACGGCUUCAGCCUGUCUGCGGUCUACACCUGCGAGAGGUCCCCGUGCCCACAUCGAGUGGACUGCUUCUUGUCCCGUCCCACAGAGAAGACGGUCUUCAUCAUUUUCAUGCUGGUGGUCUCGCUGGUGUCUCUGCUCCUCAACGUCAUAGAACUCUUUUAUGUGUUCUUCAAGAGGAUCAAGGAUCGCGUGAAAGGCAAACAGCAGCCCACGCUCUACCCAAGCGGAGGCACUUUGAGUCCAACCCCCAAAGAUCUCCCUGCAGCUAAGUACGCCUUCUACAACGGUUGCUCUUCCCCGACUGCCCCGCUCUCACCCAUGUCCCCCCCAGGUUACAAGUUGGCCACAGGAGAGCGGGGGACCGGCUCAUGUCGUAAUUUUAACAAACAGGCCAAUGAGCAGAACUGGGCCAACUAUUCCACAGAGCAGAAUAGGCUUGGUCAGAAUGGCGGCGGGAGCACAAUUUCAAACUCCCAUGCACAAGCCUUUGACUUCCCUGACGACACGCACGAGCAUAAGAAAUUGUCCUCAUCAGUGGGACAUGAGUUGCAACCGCUGGCGUUGAUGGAUGCCAGGCCCUGCAGCCGGGCCAGCAGCCGCAUGAGCAGUCGGGCCCGGCCAGAUGACUUGGAUGUGUAAACCCUGAUUCCUCUACGUCUUCCUCCCUCACCUCUACCUGGCUGAGAGCAGGCGUGGCUGCAGCCUAAGAAUCAGGAAACCCCAAUAACUUAGGUUGAAAUAGGAGGUGGGGACUAACCUCAGUUACUGUUGUCAUCAUAGACUCUUAGUUCAGCAAGAGACAUUAAACUUGUUAUGUAACACUGUUAAAAAGGCACAAGUUGCAUAUUUGGACGACUUUUACCAUACAGAAGUUUACAUACACACAUCAUGGGCAUGCAUGUCUUAUUCAUUUUCAGCCCUUAAAGUGUAUUGUUUUCUUUUUCUACAGCGGGAUGAAGAGCUUCUGUGUUUUUUUCUUGGAAACAAGAUUUCACUGCACAAUUUUAAAUUUAGUUUGGAUUUUCUCUAAUUUACACAGGGUAAUUAGGGCUCCGUGAGAGCUCCGAUAUAUAAGUAGUAGAAGCCGAAGGUUGUAGGAUGGUUUUUAUUUGACCUUAACAAGACCAAGCUGUGUUCGUUCUCAUCGGUGAUUAUGAUUGACUGAAUGUGUUUGUGAAAGUCCAAGGAACUCCGUGAAGAUGUAAGAAGGCAAAUUGUAGAUUUACAGAUUUGGGAAAGUCUUUUGAAUAUAUUUUUCAGUGACUACAGAUUUUUUUUUAAAUCAUCACUUCAGAUAAUUUCACUUCAAUCCAUACAGUACAUCUUAUUUAGAUGUGUCAGCACUUUGCCAAAGUCUGGGAGAAGAUCCAUUCCGUUCCCUCAAAUGAAAAUAAAUAGUUAAGAUGUUCAGGAACAAUCCAGGAAUCACCAAGACUCAGUCCUACCAUGAAGUAGAAACUGUUGAAACACCAGAGUACAAGUGGUACACGGUGCCUGGAAUCAACACCUUCCAGGCUGACUCAAUGUUGAAGCUGUCCACAUGGACAAACUAAAUGUCUUCUGGACAAAUGCUAGAUGAGGCAAAUUUUAAAUUCUUUGUCCAUAAUGACUAAAAGUAUGUUUGGAGGUGCAACUGUAUCUGGUACACUGAUACACAGUAGCCACGUAUACAUGGACCCAAAUAUUCCAAUUCCAUUCGGGUUAUUUGCUCAAACGGAAAGAAUGUAACCUUUGUAUACACCUCAUUCCCAAAGAAAAGUGGCAAUCCGAAUGAAUAUAUAAUGGGUGUCCCAGGGGUGGAAUAUUCCUUUCCCUAAUCCGAUUGAGGUAUCUUGUACCCGCUCAAAAGGAAAGUUGUCAGACUGCGUUCUUCUUUGUGGUGUUUUUCUUCUUCUGUUGUUUAUUGGCGGUUGGCAAGCAGCUUUCGUGUGCAUUAGCGCCAUCUGUGGAACAGAAUCUAAACCCUUCUAUACGCCAUUCACAAGUCCACUUUUAUUAAAAAAGAAAAUACAUAUCUAUAUAAAACAUGUGCUGUGCUUAAUUAUAAAAUAUUAGCAAGAUUGAACUUUAUCUUUUCCUGUUCCCGGGUGCGUUCUUUCAGCGAAUGCUGAGAUAUGACGUAACACGCAGCUCCAGACGUUCUUCAAUUUUAAAAAAUGGAGUUAUGGAUGGAUAACGGAGUUAUUCCAACAAGUGAAAGAAAAACUGGAGGAAGUCGGUAUCACGUGAUGUUGGUGUUUACGUUUUACUGGGCAUGCCACAUUAACUAUUCUGGUUGAUUAUAGCGGCGCAUGUAGACACGAGAUUGGAAUGUUCCUUUCCAUGUAUACCAUUGCUUUCGGAAAGGUCAUUCGGAAAGAUUCCAUUCAGAAACAGAAUAAGUCCUCAUGUAAACGUGGCUAGUGAUUGGAAUAAAAAAGAAGAACUACCUCCUACCUCCUCAAAUCAACAGCUGAUAUCAGAAGUUUAGUUAAUUGAUUAAUUCAUUCAUUUUCAUUCUCUUUCCUCACGAGGGUCGCGGGGGUGCUGGAGCCUAUCCCAGCUGUCUUUGGAUGAGAGGCGGGGUACACCCUGGACUGUGGCCAGCCAAUCACAGGGCACAUAUAGACAAACAACCAUUCACACUCACAUUCAUACCUAUGGACAAUUUGGAGUGGCCAAUUAACCUAGCAUGUUUUUGGAAUGUGGGAGGAAACCGGAGUACCCGGAGAAAACCCACGCAUGCACGGGGAGAACAUGCAAACUCCACACAGAGAUGGUCUAGGGUGGAAUUGAGCCCAAUCGACCACCGUGCCGCCCCAGAAGUUUAGUUUUCAUCCAAAAAUUGUCUGGUUGAGGUGAAACGUGAUGAGGUCAUUUAUUAGUGGGUGUUUCAACCUAUGUGUAUGAUUUUGACCAUGUGAAUAUUAGAGACGAUUUUGAAUGAAUUCAAAGUGCGCCCAAUUCUUGUUCUUGAAAAAGAUACAUGUUGUAGAAUCACAUUACACUUCAAAAUCAAUAAGGGCCCGAAAUUGAUAUUGAUUCCUGUGAUGACUGUACGUAAACGUUUGACUGUGUAUCGCUUAGUCCAGCAUUGACAGUUAGGCAGGUGAACAGUGGUGCACGCUGGUCAAGAUUAUCUUUUUUGUAUUUGAUCUUAGUCUAUGUAAGUAAGCUCACGUUUUCACCAAGGACAGGUUAGUUUCAUUCUCUGUCUAUUAUCCAACCAACCCCAAAAGAGAUGCAAAAUUGGCCACAAAUUUUCAAUAACUGUAUUAUUGCUCUUCAGAUCUUCGUAUGGAUAACACAAUGGUACAAUAUAUCUUUUAUCAUUAAUAAAAAAAAAAGUUAGAUUCUUAAAGAACUUUCAUAGCAACAAAUUAUCAGAAACAUUGGUAGGUUCUAUGUAGGGUAUCCUUUACAAUACGUUCAGUAGUUCCCAACACGGAUCAUCCAAACACAAGUUGAAAGGUGGACGUUUAGAAAGCCUAUCAUGAUUGACCCGUUUUAUUUCUAUGAGUGUCUUAGCCAGGGUUUGGGGAUAUCGAUAAAUAUUUAUUGCUUAGAUGUCAUGGACACUUAGCACUUGGUUCAAUAAUUGACUACUAUUCAGUAUCUCCUACCCAUAGAAUACAGGCCAACCCUUCUAGUUGUAUACUGUAUUUAUUGGUCACGUCUACAGUCACAUCAUCAGUCAGUCUGGAUUGUUUUUUCCUGGAAAACAUUGAAUUUAUGUUGAAGUUUGUGGAUGCAUUUGUGUUUUUGUAGAGGAUGUGAUAGUGGCAGGUUUCAGGGGUCGAGCCGUUGUGACCACAAACAAAUGGCUGUGAUUGGAUGAUUCUUUGGACUUCCUUUUCCUGCUUUCUCGGAGGUGGAAAGACGGAAUGAUUUUCUUUGUUUUACAUAUUUGAGUGAAUGAUUUCUUUAGCUGUUUUUGUUUUGAGAAAUAGUUACUUAGUACUGUAAAUCGAGUUAACUGUGUCACAAUGAAAAAUGUGAGUUUCUAGAAGACUUUAUAGAUCAGGACUAAUAUUUAGUCAACUAUAUUAAAAUGUAUGCCAAUGUAGUACCACAACUAUCAAACAUUAGAAGAAAUUUGUCACAUUCUGUCGGUACUUCCAUGUGUUGUCAUGGGUCUUUCAGCUACAAUGGCAUUUGCACUGAUAUGUUGGUGAGAAAUAUGUUAAUAUAAUGCACCCACAAAGUGAUGUACAUGUUGCUAAUUUAUUCUAGAAUGCAUAAAUCACUACAGUGCUUCAUAUCAGACAACCGACUACUGCUUUUCUCUGUCCUGGGCCAGAUGUUAAUAUGCAUUUGUUACAAUAAAUCAGACAUUGCUAAUCUAUGUACAGUAUAAGUGCAUGAUAGCAAACUCAAACACUCAUUCAUCAUAUCUGUGAAAACUAUUUUAACCAAUAAAUGUUUCUUCAUUCUUAAUGUUGAAAAUAAAUUAUGUUUUUUUUUCUA